AUGUCGGUCGGUGUUGCUAUUAUCGGAAGUGGGAUUUUCGCGCGGGAGGAACAUUUGCCCGGUGUGCAAGCGGCCCAAGAGUUCGACCUCAAGGCCAUUUAUUCGCGAUCUCUUAAUUCGGCGCAGAACCUCGCGGCCGGCGUCUCCGGAAUCGACCUGUACUCAGAGGAUUCCGGUCCUGGCAAAAGCUACGCCGAUUUGCUGUCGCGCCAGGAUAUUGCGGCGGUGAUUAUCGCUCUGCCGAUUCUUGUCCAGCCCGAAUUCAUCCGCCAGGCGCUCGCAGCAGGAAAGCAUGUCCUCUCCGAGAAACCAAUUGCCAAAGACCUGGCGACGGCGCAGGACCUGAUCGCCUGGUACGAGGCCAACGUCGACCGCACCAAGGUGCUGUGGGCCGUGGCCGAGAACUUCCGCUACGUGAGCAAAUAUGUCCGCGCCGCCGAGGAAGUGCGCAAGCUGGGCGGAGUCAAGAACUUCCGCGUCAACGUGCGCAAUCUGAUCAAAACGGACUCCAAGUACUACAAAACGGAAUGGCGCCAAACGCCCGCGUAUCAGGGCGGUUUCGUCCUCGACGGCGGCGUUCAUAUGGUGGCCGGCUUACGACUGAUUCUCGGCUCGACUGACCCUCUCGCUAUGUUAUCUGCGCAGUCGUGUCUGCAGCAACAACAUCUGGCCCCUGUGGACACGGUAGACGCGGUCGUGAAAACUAGGUCGGGCGCGACAGGCGUGGUGUCGAUCUCGUAUGGCUCGACGUUGACUGAUUCCACGUUUGAAUUUACCUGCGACGGGGGCAUCGUGACGCUGAACGGGGAUCGAGUGACGGUCAACGGAGCUGGGUAUGAGGUGCCCUUCGAGGGUCGCUGCGUCAAUAAGGAGAUCAGCGACUUCGGGCGAGGCACUAGCGCCGACUCGGCCAAACCUCAGCGAACGAUUUCUGAGAUCGAAUUCGAACCGUCACGACAACUGUUGAGCGCCAGUCACGGACCCUACGACACCGACAAGAUGGUCCUCGCAAAGAAGCAUGUCCCCAUCGUCAAGAAGCGCACCAAGCGCUUCUGGCGCCACCAGUCCGACCGCUUCAUGCGUGUCGGUGAGUCGUGGCGCAAGCCCAAGGGUAUCGACAACCGCGUCCGUAGACGUUUCAAGAGCAACCUUCCCAUGCCCUCGAUCGGAUACGGCAGCAACAAGAAGACCCGCCACAUGAUGCCCUCGGGCCACAAGGCCUUCCUCGUCCAGAACCCCAAGGACGUUGAGCUCCUGCUCAUGCACAACCGCACCUUCGCUGCUGAGAUCGGCCACGCCGUCUCUUCCCGCAAGCGUGUCGACAUCAUCCAGAAGGCCAAGGAGCUCGGUGUCAAGGUCACCAACCCUCGUGGCCGUGUCACCACCGAGGCUUAG